AUGAAUUGCACCGUCUUGUUCCUUGUGGUGGCGGCCAUUGUGACGGUGCUGGACCGCUGGGAGAAGAUCCCCAAAUUUUACGCAAGGAAGUUAGCCCAUAUGUUGUGCGGCCUAAUCAUCCUCCUCUUCGACAUUAGCAUAAACGGUGAUAGAAGGUCGACUCAAGUGAACGAUCCUGUCAACAGCGGGAAGGGAAGCCACUGCGUCCUGUUCAUUUAUUUGAUAGCUGUCACGUCCAUCCUCCGCUGCUUUAUCUGUCCAUUCAGAUUUGGCGUCUACCGAGACAAAGGAAUCAUUAUUUACAACACAGUCGUGUCCCUUUUUUUUUUCUUCAAACUUCCGCUCUACGUGUUAACGCCCAUCUUUUUUGCAGACCCGAUGGCGGCCAUCGUGGGCAGGCAGUUCCCCGCCUACUCCAUUUACAAGAAGAAAACACUACACGGCACCCUGGCCUGCUUCUUCGUGUCGCUCGUGUCCCUCUACUACGUGCAGAAUUACCUGCACACGAUCCUCUUGGGCUUGGCCCUCUGCCUGCUGGAACUCUUUGGCGGAUCCCUAGACAACCUCUGCAUGUGCUUCCCCAUCUUCAUUUACAUGAUGUUUUUUAACGUGUAG